AUCUACACAUUAUAUAGGAUUCAUUAUUGUUUAUCUAUAGGUCUCCUACUCCUAAGAUUUUCUCUCUCUUCUAUAUCUCUUCCAUCACGUGACCACCUCUCUCUCGCUCCCCUGUCUUCAAGAACACUCUCCCCCCAUAAAGCCAAAAAGCCCAACAACACCCCAAAUAUCUUUUCUUUUCUUUUUUUUCUUUUUUGGGUUUCUCAUAAUAUCUAACUCUCUACCAUCUAUCUCUCACUAUCUCACUGUCUCACUCACUGUCCCCUAAUAUCUGUGUGUAGUGGUGGUGUCAUUGAAAGAGAGAAGAGAGUGAAAACAGAGGAAAAAAGUGCGGCAUCUAUCCAACUCUUUCUCUCUCUCUCUCUCUUUCUCUCUCUCUCUCUUUGCAACCCUUUGCAGUGAGUGUUCUCAGCCCUGUUAACUCUGUUUCAGACUUUAGAGUGAGAAAGAAAGUUAGAGAGAGAGAGAUAGUGCUUGUGUGUGUUUGUCCUUGUGAGAUAGAUAUAUAUAUAUAUAUAUAAAUAGAGAGUAAGAGAAAUGCAGCAGCACCUGAUGCAGAUGCAGCCCAUGAUGGCAGCCUAUUAUCCCAACAACGUCACCACUGAUCAUAUUCAACAGUAUUUGGACGAAAACAAGUCAUUGAUCCUGAAGAUUGUUGAGAGCCAGAAUUCAGGGAAAUUGAGUGAAUGUGCCGAAAACCAGGCAAGGCUACAGCGAAACCUCAUGUACCUGGCUGCCAUUGCUGAUUCUCAGCCCCAACCUCCUACAAUACAUGCUCAGUACCCAUCUAGCGGUAUUAUGCAGCCAGGAGCACAUUACAUGCAGCAGCACCAACAAGCCCAACAGAUGACACCGCAAUCGCUUAUGGCUGCAAGAUCCUCCAUGUUGUACUCCCAGCAGUCAUUUUCAACUCUGCAACAACAAGCCCUGCAUGGCCAGCUGGGCAUGAGUUCUGGUGGAAGCGCUGGACUACACAUGCUGCAGAGUGACACCGGAAAUGCUGGAGGCAAUGGGCCUCUAGGAACUGGAGGGUUUCCAGAUUUUGGACGUGGCUCUGCUGGAGAAGGCUUGCAUAGGGCAAUGGCUGGUGGGAGUAAGCAAGAUAUGGGGAGUGCUGGAUCUGCUGAAGGCCGAGGGGGAAGCUCUGGAGGCCAUGGGGGAGAUGGGGGUGAGACUCUUUACUUAAAAUCUGCGGAUGAUGGGAAUUGAGAGGUAAGAAAGAUGAAGUUUCUGGUAUGUUAGCACCUGAAAGCUAGGGAAGAAGUUAGAUGAGGAAGAUGAAUUUAAAGGCACAAGUUUAAAAAAAAAAAAAAAAAAAAAAAAAAAAAAAUUUGAAAAAGAGCCAAAAAUUUUCUGGUUGAAGAACUUAGUAUUCAAGUAAUAUGUAAAACAGCUGUGAGGUUUUACCCUCAAACCUUUGCUCUAUGUUUUUUUUAAUUUAAUAGUGAGACAAUGCAAUUCUGUGGUA